AUGAGGACGGUUUUACUCCUAUCAAUUACGAUUUUAGCACAAGCCUAUCUAACGACAGCUGAAUGCCCUCCAACAAAAGGAUCGAUACAAAACCUACUCGAUGAGGUGAAUGUUCCCGGAGCUGCUAUUAUUGUUCUCAAUCGAGAUGGCAUUCUUUACGAACAAGCAUUCGGAUACCACACUCCUCCAAUAUCAGAUUCACGCCGACCUAUCGAUACUUCGCAAUCAAUUUUUAUGAUAGCAUCCAUUUCCAAAACAUUCAUUUCUGUAGCAGCGAUGCAAAUGGUUGAAUCCAAUCUGCUGAAUCUGGACACGGAUAUCAACGAGUAUUUAUCCCCGUUAAUGAAAAUUAUUCAUCCAUAUCACCCAAAUGUAACAAUCACGACUCGACAUCUGCUCACACACACCGCUGGUAUUGGACCAAAUUGGGAAGAAGAGUCCAAACAUUAUCUUUCUGGUGAUAGAUUUACACAAACUAAUCUGGGUAACGUCCUCAAUGAUUAUUUAAGCCGCAAAAAGGGCUGGCUAUCAAUUCCACCUGGAAAUAUCACACUCUACUCGAAUGUGGGUACUAGUCUAGCAGCAUUCAUCGUCGAACGUGUUUCGGGCAUGUCAUAUGAACAGUAUGUGCUUGAAAAAAUCUUGAAACCGCUAGGUUUGAAUGACAAGAAAGCUAGUUUCCGUUUGAAAAACUUCGAAGAUAACAAGGAAAAUCUCGUUGAUCAUUAUGUGCACAAUGCUUCAUUCCUUGAAACUUUCCAACAAAUGGGUCCACAAAUGAACAUUACUCAGGCAGGAAGCUCUGAUUGGUUGUAUAUACCAUUCUUUGGAUUGAGUAUAUAUCCAGCUGGAGCGUUACAUAUGUCAGCUCAUUCAUUGAGUAUAUUCUUUCGAUCUUUUCUGAAUAAUUUUCCAAAUCUUCUGCGCAAUUCAAGUACAAUGAAUGAAAUGUUAUAUAUUUUUCCUCAGCAAGACUAUAUGAACAUUUCGACAACUAAAUUCAGUCUGAUUUGGCAUUGGCCACUUUUUGAAGGACGACGUCUGGUUGGACACGAUGGGUCUGUGCCUGGAAUCACUACGUCGAUGAUGGCAAAUGAAAAGAGAGAUUUAGGCGUGGUUAUAUUAACCAAUGGCGACGUUACAAGAUCAGACAGUGAAGCAAUGCAAUUGAGACAAACCAUUCGCAAGUUGACGACUCAAAUGCUUGAUUGUUACGAAACAAAUAAAAGUUUGGCCACCAAUCAACAGUGCAAUAUCAUAUACAUUUCGUGGAUGCUUAGUAUCUUGUGCUUUUAUACCUUUUGUUCUUCGACACAAUUGUGA